AUGGUCCAACGGCACAAGGUCCUAGAGACUGACAGUGCUACUGCAAAAUUUCUCUACACGAUAAUCAAGCAAUUAGAGAUAAAAUCAAUCGAUUGGAACCGAGUUGCCUCCGAUCUUGAGAUAUCCAACGGCCAUGCCGCUCGCAUGCGGUAUUCCCGCUUCCGGCAACAAAUGGAUGGUACCACAGGGACACCCAGGGCAAAGCGGAAGCAAAAGAAACCCAAGGUAGUGGACCCCCCUUCUGGGAGUCAGCGCAUGCUCCCAAUGGCUCAAUCUUCCACAUUGUCCACCGUGGGAUCAAUGGAUACAUCCCUCCCGACAAAUAUCUUCAUCAAAUCCGAGCUCGGUACGCAAGGCAGCCCAUGGAUACAGAACUCUAUGCACUAUAAUCCCCAGUCAAUGUCGGAGAGCAACCUACAAGGGCAAUAUUACUUUCCCCAGGACUUCGCAUCAAUGCAGUUCAAGAUUGCAUCCGGUAUGCAAUCUGGACUUGCCCCGUCUUCCAGCCUUGCAACGUCCUCAUCCUUUGUGAAUCAUUACCUAUCUGAUGGCAUGUCACCUGGCCAUGCUUCCUCAUCCUCGGGCAUUCAAGGGGGCUACGGCUUUCGAGAUACUGAAAUGCAGAAUAUCUUUCCCCAUAUCUCUUCAAACAUCGACUGGGAACCACAGGCGUCUCUUUGUCUACGGCCUACAGCCAUCAAGUCUGAGGAGUCGGAACAGAGCAAUUCGUUGAUCCCAUGGGAGCCACUAGGCUCUCCUCAGGAGACUUCCAUGACAACAAUGACAGUUGACCAGCACCAGCCCAUCCAAGCCAUGGCAUGGGAGAGACCGUCCUCUCCUCAGCGGAGUGAUACGGCCACGACUAUUGAGCCGUCUCAGCCCAACCUAGCCAUGAUAAGGGAACCACAAGACUCUUCUCAGCAGAACCUACAAUUCAGAAGAUAUGAGCAGCAUCAAGGAAAUUUUGCCAUUACACGGGAGCCAUUGUCCUCCUCACCGCAGAACAUCACACUUACAACAUCUGCUGAGCAGCGUCAUAAUAACUCUUUUGUCAGCUGCGAGACACAGCCUUUUCCUCGCCAGGUCUCCCCACUUAUCAAACCCGAGGAACAGCAAGAAGACAGUCAAAUGAUUACGUUGUUGGAGCUUGCACCUUCUCUUCCGCAAGAUAUGCUAGCCACAGAAGGUGAAGAGCAGCAACCCGAUAAUCAGGAUAUCACGUGGGAUACAUUGCCUCCCCCUGCAGAGGAUUCCCCGCCUGCGGAGGCUGAGCAACAGCCGAGCAACGCCAUGGUCCUCUGGCAGCCGAUACCCCCUUUUCACCAAUCUACAUUGACUGCCCAAUCUGAGGAACACCAAGACAUCAACAUGAUCACACAUUGGCACCCAGAUUCUUCUACUCGCCAGAAUAUCCCGAUUGUGAAUCGUGAUGAAGGAGGCCACGGCAAAGAUGAGUUUUUGGCUACAGAUGAGCAGCCGACCCACGAAGCUUCUGUUACGGUCAACACGAUUUUGGGUCAAGGGGAUGUGGUCAUGAUGGGGUAA